AAUAACAUUGUGUUUUGGAUGACGAUAUCGUCAUAGACUUAAAUAUGGCUUUCGCUCUCCUGUACUCUCAUUUCUCUCUCUGAGAAGACGACACACUGAGUUGCACUCAGGACAUCUAACUAUUAAACUGUUACUGUUUAAAGGGAUCAUCUACAAUUCCAUAGAAAAUCCUAUCAGAAGAUCCUACUAUGAGUAAACCAAAGACAUUAAAUGAAUUGAGGCAUCUGGAGGAGUCUGGAUUUGGUCAACGUUAUCCAAGACACGGCCUCAAGCUGCUUUACUGGUUUGCUUAUGAAUCUCUGUAUUUUGAUGACUAUGAUAAAAUGCGCUGGAUGUACGACCCAGAGGAAGGAGAUUUUGAUUUCCACCUGUUCAGAAACAGAAUUGAGAAAAACGGUGAGAGACUCCUGCCUGAUGUGGACCUUUGCUACUACGAGGUGGGCAAUCUGAGCAGACCAGAAGCAUACAACCUGCCAGAUUACGUUCUGGAAGAUUACAACGAAGACCCUGAUGACAGUGAGAGCAACAUGGAGCGCAUCAUAUUCAGUGUUGAUGAUGAGUGUAUUGACAGAGUCUAUGUGACUGAGCACAGUGAUCAGGCAGAUUUCAACAAGGAAGCCACCUUUGGCAUCAGCAGGGGUCUGAUUAUGAUUAUCAAGCAGCUAACUUUAGAGGACUUCCUUGAAAAAACUGGGUAUUCUCCGGAAGAAGACUCUGAUGAAAGUUCUACAGACGAUGAACACGACGAUGACGACGAUAAUGAUGACGAUGAUGAUGAUGAUGAUGAUGAUGAUGAUGAUGAUGAUGACGAUGACAACGAUGACGACGAUGACAAUUGAUUGUGACUAUGUUGAACAACAAUGAUAAUGAUGAUGUCACUGACUUUAAUGAAGAUAAUGACUUAAACGACAAUGGCCAUAAUGAUUGUUAUUAUUAUAUUUAAGUUAUGAUAAGUAGUUACAAUUUUGAGAGAAGUAAGACCAUGUUCAAAUAUAAUAACAGAUGAAUAUAUAACCUAAUAUAAUGUAACAUAACCCAUGCUGCAUCAUGAGUGAUAUUUUGAGCAGUUUUAUUGUAAUUUUUUUAUAUUUGUUUAAAGGUGGUGUGCACGAUGUUUGAAAGCCAAUGUUGACAUUUGAAAUCACCAAAACAAACACGCCCCUAACCCAAAUGGGUGUGACCCCUGUUUUAAUAGCUCCCCCCCACACAUACAUACGUAACCCAGGCAACUAUUAUGGCGGAACCUGCUGGGGCAGCUGGCCGAGGGGAUAUUUUUAGCAAUACAUUAACUCAAUGAGUAAUACUAUG